AUGAUAAAGGAAGGCACAGUCAGCAACAACACUCAGACAGGCUGGGCGAGUCGCGCGCACCAUGCCGCGCCAAACGGACACCUAGGAGGGAGAACACUUGCGCAGCGGACAAUGCUGUUGCACGUGGCGUACUUGGUGCACCUGGCGCACGUGAGCGCGAGCGUGGCGCGAGGAUGGACGUCGCGCGUGCCGCGUAAUUAUAACUACAAUAACAACGUCUACAACGCGUCCGUGCUGGACGUGGAUGAUCUGCUGCUGGAGGUGAACGGCUCGAGCCCGUACGCGCUGGACGAGAGCGCGCUCGCGGACUGGCGCUCUCUGGCGCGCGGAAGGAAGCGCGAGGGCGCGGAGUCUCAGCACGCGGCCACGGUGAAGGCGCUGCUCGUGGUGGCUUACAGCGUCAUCAUCAUCAUCUCGCUGUUCGGAAACACGCUCGUGUGCCACGUGGUGAUGAAAAACAAGCGCAUGCACUCCGCCACGAGCCUCUUCAUAGUGAACCUGGCCAUAGCGGACAUCCUGAUCACCCUGCUCAACACACCCUUCACACUGGUGCGUUUCGUUAACAGUACGUGGGUGUUCGGCAGAGGAAUGUGCCACAUUAGCCGCUUUGUACAGUAUUGCUCUCUUCACGUGUCCACUCUGACGCUGACCGCUAUCGCACUGGACAGGCGACAGGUGAUCCUACAUCCUCUGAAGCCGCGGAUGUGCACAGGCCAGGGCGCAGUGUGCAUCGUCUUUAUCUGGCUGAUGGCCACCUGCUUCUCGCUGCCUCACGCCAUCUUCCAGAAGCUGUUCACUUUUGUGUACAGUAAGGAUAUCGUCCGCUCCCUGUGUGUGCCGGACUUCCCUGAGCCAUCCGAGCUGUACCGGCAGUAUCUGGACCUGGUGACCUUCAUCCUGCUCUACGUUCUGCCGCUCCUCAUCAUCACGGCGGCGUACUGGGCCGUGGCCCGGCGGCUUUGGCGCAGGAACGCCAUCGGCGACGUGACGAGCGAACAGUAUUUCCUGCAGCGAAGGAAGAGGAAGCGGACCAUAAAGAUGCUGGUGCUGGUGGUGGCCGUGUUCGCGGUGUGCUGGUUCCCGCUAAACUGCUACGUGGUGCUGCUGUCCAGUCAGGCCAUUCACUCCAACAACGCCAUCUACUUCACUUUCCACUGGCUGGCCAUGAGCUCCACCUGCUACAACCCCUUCAUCUACUGCUGGCUCAACCAGGGCUUCAGGGCUGAGCUCACCUACCUACUGAGCAUGUGCAGAAACAGGCGGGGCCGGGGGAGGGGCAGCAGCUGCCAAGGCAACGACCCAGACCCGAUGGCGCCCCCUCGGGACGGGAGUCACCGUGCGGCCUGGCCAGAAAGCCACGCGUCCUCACAGCAGUCCAAUCCCAAAGAAAGCCACGCCCUCCGGUCCACCUCUCUCGGCCAAUCAGGGAAGACCGAUAUUCUCUCGGUGGAGCCAAUAGUGGCAGUCAGCUGA